AUCAAUACGUGCAUUGCUCAGUUUCUUCAUUACUUGGAUAAAAUGAAGAUCGCAUUUACUCUGAUUGUCACAUUGGUGAUUAUCUUUAAUUCUAUUGAAUUAAGUUUACCGUUCAACUUAUUCGAACGACGUCCUAAAACCCUACAAGGUCUUCGAUCGAGCUCCUUCGUAUUUCCUGCUAAUAAAGUUCUUCGCUACAAUAAAAUAACCCCAUAUGUAAUCGGAGGUGACCCGAAUAUGAUCGUAAAUGAAUGUGCUCGAAUACCAACAGGCAUACUAUAUCAAGUACAAAAAAACAGCAAUCGUGAAAUCUUUGGAUUUUACGAAAAUAAUCGUCUUCGUAGAAUAUUACUAGCAAACGGCAACAUGGGGUCAAUUAAAAUGGAAGGUCCAGACUACCCGACUAGAGAACUUACUCUUCAAGAAGAACUUUUCUUAGAAAAACAUCCAAAUGGGUGGUAAGGAUUCGCUGUAAUUGUAUGGAAUAUUGACAGACAAUAAC